AUGGUUGUUUGCAACGACUGGCACAGUGCCCUGGUGCCGAUGCUUAUCCAUGCGGAGAAAUCAAUGACAGGCAAGUGGCAAAACACCAAGACGGCUUUCCUUUGCCACAACGCCGUCUUUCAGGGUCGCUUUGUUUGCGAGGAAGGAUUGGCUCAGAUCUUUGGUGUGCCAGAGCGCUACAUUGACAGCAUCACUUUCAAGAUGCCUCUGCGGAUUGGCAAGUACAACGAGAAGGUGAGCUGUGUGAACACCAUGGCUGCUGGAUUGCGCUACUGCGACCGCGCCUUGACCGUGUCUCCCUCUUAUGCAGUGGAGUGCUGCACUGAUCCAGAGAAGGGUGUCGAGUUGGAGUCCCUCUUCAAGUUGGGCAAAUGCACAGGCAUUCUGAACGGUGUGAAGGAGGGCGUGUCUCCCAGUGACAAGAACUUUGUGACAAAGACCAUGAUGACCUGCGGCCCUUUCAACUCAACGAACUGUGACAUCGCCAAAACCGAGCUAAAGACCAGCUAUCGUGCCCAGAAUGGUUUGACUGGCUGCACUGGCCCGCUCAUGUGUUUCAUUGGACGAUUGGAUUCGCAGAAGGGUUACGACUUGCUGCUGGAGUCUUUGGUCGAAGUCUUGGAGGACACCGAGAUGCAGGUCGUCAUUGUGGGAGCCGGACGUGCUGAUUUGGUGGCGCAGACCAAGGCAGUGGAGAAGAAGUUCCCCGACAAGUUCUUCUACGCGGGCUGGAUGGGUCCUGAGCGUUAUGCCCUCCUGGCGGGCUGCGACUAUACCUUGCUUCCUUCCAGGUGGGAACCUUGUGGCCUUGUGCAGAUGGAAGCGAUGCGACUAGGCACCUUGCCUAUUGUGGCCCCAACCGGUGGCCUAAAAGACACGGUGGAGGAUGGUGUCAACGGUCUUUGGACAGAGAAGGAGAUGACUGUUGAGGCAGUGAUCGAGGAGGAGUCUGUGAAUGCUAUCUCGAAGUCACUGCGCCGUGCUGCCAAGCUCUUCACUGAGGAGCCCAGCAAGGUGGUGAAGAUGAAGCAGGCAGCCAUGGCAGCCGCUGCUGAGUUUACCUGGAGCAACGCUGCCUUGCAGUACGAGGCCAUCUUUGAGGAGCUGGGCGUGAAGGAUGUCCUUGGAGGCAGAACCGAGACAGUGACUUUGGAGACAGACAAGCAGGUGUCUGCUCAGGCCAAGUCUCGUGAUGAGGCUCCACAGGCCAAUGAGUUGAAAAAGCAGGCUGCGACCACCCCACAGGGAGGCGCAGCCGCACCUGCCAGCAAGGCCUCCGCGCUUGGUGGAAAAGGUGGUGGCAAAGGUAUGAACACCAUGAGCCCCGCAAGUGGAGGCACUGCCGCUGCAGCACCCAAGGCCAAAUCGGCACCAGCACCACCCACUUCUGCUGCCGCUAUCGUGGAGGAAGGAAAGAAGCCAAUGACUGCUGCAGCACGCAUUUCAGCCACUGGUUCCUCUUUGGCCAAAGGUGUUGGAGCCAAGGCCGAACCUCAGGCUAAGCCAAAGGCCAAGGCAAAGAUGGCCGCCAUGUCCAGCAGACCUUUGCCAAGGGACACAAUGGGAGCAGCCCCCACCAGUGUCCUGAACAUCGUGAGUGGCCAGCCUGUGCCAGCAACACAAGCUGGAACCUCUGCCUAUGCCACCAGCACUGUCGGCCCUGCACGAACAUAUGCCAAGUCUGCUGCAGGGGCGGUCAAUGGAGAAGUGCCAAAGGCUGGUCCACCAGCUGUUGCGAUGGGUCGUGCUUUGGCAGCAGGCCGCCCGGCAAUGCAAAUGGUGAAUGGCAAGCCAGUGACCACCAUCACCAAGAAGUAUCAGCUGGUCUUUGUCACUGGCGAAGUU